GAGGACUGGGACGCAGAGCAGCUGAUCUGAUCCUCUGAGUCUCCGCUGAAGUGCUCCUGAGCCAGACGUGGUCGUACCUGUGUCAGGAGGACAGAAACCCCAGAGCCAGUACAGUAUGGAGGGGAGGCGGGGCGUCCUUCUCUGCCUCAUCAUAGCAGCGUGUUUCUACGGCAACGCUGCUCAGAGGACAGUUUGCACCCAAGAGGCUGUAGCGGACAUCAUCUUCCUAGUGGACGGCUCGUGGAGCAUCGGCACUGCCAACUUUGAGCAGAUCCGUCAGUUUCUGUUCACGCUGGUCAACAACUUCGACAUCAGUCCCAAUCAUGUGCGCAUCGGCCUGGUCCAGUACAGCAACCACCCACGCACUGAGUUCCAGCUCAACACCUACCAGAGCAAGGAGGAGAUCCUCCAGUACAUCAGUAGAUUGCCAUACAUGGGGGGUGGAACCAACACGGGUCAAGGCUUGAAGUUCAUGCUGAAUGAGCAUUUUGUGACAGGAGCUGGAAGCCGGGCCGAUCAAAGAGUGCCUCAGAUUGCUGUGGUGAUCACUGACGGCAAAUCACAGGAUGAAGUGAAGGUUUACGCUGACAAUAUGAAAAAAAAUGGAAUUGUCGUGUACGCCAUCGGCAUCAAAGAUGCAGAUGAAGCCCAGUUGAUGGACAUCGCAAACAUGCCGCACAGUCAAUACGUCCACAGUGUUUCAGAUUUUAAUGCCCUGCAGGGAAUUUCUCAAAGCAUCAUCCAGACGUUGUGCACAACUGUAGAGGAAGCCAAGCGGCAGCUUCAGCAACUGUCUCAAGAGUGUGCCAGAGCCACCGUGGCCGAUAUCGUCUUCCUGGUUGAUGGCUCCUCCAGCAUCGGUGUUUCUAACUUUGAGGAAAUGAAGCGGUUUCUCCGUAAUUUCAUCUCAGGCCUCGACAUUGGCCCUGACAGAGUUCGCAUUGGCUUGGCUCAGUACAGUGAUGAACCUCAUGAGGAGUUCCUCCUGAAGGAUCACAUGGACUCCAAGUCCCUGCUGGAGCAAGUGGACAAACUAACCUACCGAAAGGGAGGCACAGAGACGGGCAGGGCCAUUGAAUUUGUGAGGGUGAAGUACUUCACACAGGAGGCAGGGAGCCGAGCCCAGCAGCGAGUGCCGCAGAUCGUCGUGGUCAUCACAGAUGGUGAAUCCACAGAUGCUGUGGAGAUACCCGCCCAGCAGCUGAGGCAGCAGGGCAUCAUUGUAUUCGGCAUUGGGGUGGGACAGUUUAACUUGGUGCAGCUCAAGUCCAUCGCUAAUCGGCCUUCACAGCGGUUCAUGUUCACCAUCAAUAACUACCAAGCUCUGAAGGACCUGACGGACGGUUUGCUGCAAACAGUCUGCGUUUCCAUGGAGGACCAGAGGCAAGCUCUGGCAGAAAAGUUUGCAGACAUUUUCUUCCUUGUGGAUGGCGGCAUGUCUCUAGCAGAUUUCCAGCAGGUCCGAAGCAUCCUUACCCGACUGAUCAAUCAGCUCAACUUCGGAGCCUCCGCCUACCGUCUGGGUUUGGCCCAGUAUGCCCAAAAUGUCAAAGUAGAAUUCCUUCUGAAAGAUCACCAAACUAAAGAUGAGAUCCAAGCUGCCAUGAGGCUUUUCCGCCACCUCCGACUUCCAUCCACGGAGAAACGCAACCUGGGCAAUGCGUUGCAGUACGCCAGCACUGAAUUUUUCACCAAAGAGGCUGGAAGCCGAGCAGACAAAGGCUAUCGACAGUACUUAGUGGUUCUGAGUGGAAAAGACUCAGAUGAUCCAAUCUAUAAACAAUCACGUCUGAUUAAAUCAACAGGCGUAACUGUGGUGGGAAUGAGCCUGGGUGUUUCUCUGCAAGAGCUGCUCGUCAUAUCCUCAAGAGGGAAUGCAUUUGAUAGCAUCACCAAUGCAGUUCCUAUACUGAAAGAGAUUUUUCUGAAAGAGGAAGUGGAGGCUGUUUUGACUUCAGAUUGCAAAGUUGCCAAACUGGCCGACAUUGUGUUCAUCGUUGAUGAAUCUGGGAGCAUCGGGGCGGGCAACUUCAAGCUGGUCCGAGCCUUCCUGCACUCGAUUGUCAGCGGCCUGGAGAUCAGCCCAAAAAAAGUCCGCGUAGGUAUCGUAAUGUACAACGUCAGGCCCACAGCGCAGGUCUAUCUCAACACAUUCAGUGACAAGAAAGAAUUGCUGAAGUUCAUCAAAAUCCUGCCUUACACCGGUGGUGGUACCAGGACAGGAGAUGCCCUUAAAUUUGCUCGGGAGAAGGUCUUCAUCAAGGAGAAAGGAAGCAGGAAAGAUAAGGGUGUCCAGCAGGUGGCAGUGGUGAUUACAGAUAGAGAAUCUCAGGACAACGUGAGCCAACCAGCAGCUGAUCUCCGUCGUGCCGGGGUCACCGUUUACUCCAUCGGGGUCCAAGACGCCAACGAGGUGGAGCUGAAACAGAUAGCCUCUCAUCCUCCCAAUAAGCAUGUGUUUGUUGUGGACAGCUUUACUAAGCUGAAAUCUUUAAAGAAGAGCAUGCAAAAAGUCAUCUGCAAUAACAUCAUUCACCAGAGCUUCACGGUCAUUAAUCGAAGAACUGGCAUCAAAGAAGGCUGUGUUCAAACAGAUGAAGCAGACAUUUUCUUCCUCAUCGACCACUCAGGAAGCAUUCACCCCAGUGACUUCCAAGACAUGAAGAAGUUCAUCAUCGAGUUUCUUCAAACCUUCCGUAUUGGGCCAGAACAUGUCCGCUUGGGUGUUGCAAAGUACGCAGAUUCUCCAAACUUGGAGUUUGACCUGACAACAUACGCGGAUGUCCAAGCGCUGGAGAACGCUGUACAGAAAAUUCAGCAAGUCGGAGGUGGAACAGAGACAGGGAAAGCACUGGCCUUCAUGGGGCAAUACUUUGACAGUGCAGUGAUCUCUCGUGGCCACAAAGUCCCUGAAUAUCUGGUGGUCAUCACUGAUGGGAAGUCUUCCGACGAGGUCAAGAUUCCCGCAGAGGGUCUGAGGGCACAGGGUGUUACCGUCUAUGCCAUCGGGGUGAAAAACGCUGACAUGGAUGAGUUGUUGGAGAUUUCCGGCGACCCGAAGAAGAUGUUUUUUGUCAACAAUUUUGAUGCCUUAAAGCCCAUCAAGGAUGACAUCAUCACAGACAUCUGCUCGUCAGAUGUUUGCAAAGACAUACCAGGUGACCUCGUCUUCUUGAUUGACAGUUCUGGGAGCAUUUAUUCAGCAGAUUAUGUAAAAAUGAAAGACUUCAUGAAAUCUGUUAUUGAAAAGUCCUUCAUUGGAAAGGAUGACGUGCAUGUUGGUAUCAUGCAGUUCAGUACUAUCCAGAAACUGGAAUUCCCCCUCAACCGUUACUUUAGCAAAGAGGAAAUGUUGAGAUCCAUAGACAACAUGAAGCAACUGGGUGGAGGAACGCUUACAGGCCAAGCCAUCACAGAUGUGUCCCAGUACUUUAUUUCGACCUAUGGAGGACGUCCAGGUCUGCAGCAGAGGCUGGUAGUAAUAACUGAUGGCGAGGCCCAAGAUGAAGUCAAAAGACCGGCUGAGGCGCUGAGGGCCAUGGGAGUUAUGGUUUAUGCCAUUGGAGUGGUUGAUGCCAACACCACCCAGCUGCUGGAGAUCAGCGGGUCACCAGACAGGAUGUAUGUUGAGAGGGACUUCGAUGCUCUAAAGGAUCUGGAAAGUCAGGUAUCCCUGGACCUGUGUGAUCCAGAGAGAGACUGUAAGAAGACAGAAAGAGCAGAUAUAAUUUUCCUGGUGGACGGCUCCACAAGUAUAACCCUGGAGAAGUUUAAAAGCAUGCAGAAGUUCAUGCUAUCCAUGGUCAACCAAACCACUGUCGGCACAAACUUUACCCGCUUCGGUGUCAUUCUGUACUCCACCAACGCCAACUCCAUCUUCACUCUGAAACAGUACAGCACCAAACGGGAGGUGGCCAAAGCCAUUAGGAACCUGAGGUCUCCAAAUGGAGACACCUACACCGGCAGGGCUUUGGAGUACUCGUUACAGUUCUUUGGUGCUCAGCAUGGAGGUCGGGCUGAGAUGCAGGUGCCUCAGAUUCUCAUGGUGAUCACAGACGGAGAUGCCACUGAUUGGAACAACCUGGUUAGACCAUCAGAGGCUCUGAGAGGCAAAGGAGUCACCGUCAUCAGUAUCGGAGUGGAGGGAGCCAACGUGACACAGCUGGAGACCAUUGCUGGUCAGGACAAGUCCAAAGUAUUCUACGUGGCUGACUUCAGCGCCCUAGAGGGUCUGUACAAGAACAUUACUCAGGUCCUCUGCGAAUCCACCAAGCCAGUUUGUGAGAAACAGCAGGCUGACCUGGUCUUCCUCCUGGAUCAGUCCGGCAGCAUCCAACCCGACGACCACAAAAUCAUGAAGACGUUCACCACCAAUCUGGUGAAAAGCUUCAAAGUCAGCGAGGACUUGGUUCGGAUUGGAGUCGCUCAGUUCAGCGACACUUUCAAGCACGAGUUUUACCUGAACCAGUUCUACACUGAGGACGCUGUGUCGAAGCACAUCCUGAACAUCGAGCAGAGAGGUGGAGGCACCAGAAUCGGAAAUGCUCUGGACUCCAUCAGGGAGUAUUUCAAAGCUUCACGCGGCAGCCGCAUUUCUGCCGGGAUAUCCCAGAAUCUGGUGCUGAUCACAGAUGGAGAUUCCCAGGACGAGGUGGAGGAGCAAGCCGACCGUCUCCGAGCUCUGGGAAUCGAGAUGUUUGCCAUCGGCAUCGGAAACGUCCACGAUUUCCAGCUGCUGCAAAUCGCCGGCAGCCAGGACAGGCUGUUCACCGUGGAGAACUUCGGCAGCCUGGAGAAAAUCAAGGAAAAGGUGGUCAGCACCAUCUGCAAAUCCAAACCUUCGCAAGAACAGACUGACUGCACCAUCGACAUCGCCAUGGGGUUUGAUAUCUCUCAGAGGACCGGCGCUCCUGGUCAGAUGCUGAUCAGCGGCCACAGCAAGCUUCAGACCUUCCUGCCGGAAAUCGCCCACUACGUGUCCUCGGUACCGGGCCUGUGCUGCGUCGGACCCGUCAAGACCAACCUGGCCUACCGAGUGGUGGGCCGUGGCGGUCGCAUCCUGUAUGACUUCAACUUUGAGGGCUACAGCGAGGAUGUGGUGAGGAAGGUCAUGACAUCCAGUUUGACUGAAGCCACUUACUUCAACUCCUUCAUGCUGAGAUCCUUCAAGGAGAAGUUCAGCACUCAGUCCAGGGCGGGGGUGAAGGUGCUGGUGAUCUUCUCGGACGGACUCGAUGAAGAUGUGAUGAAGCUGGAGCAGGAGUCGGAGCUCCUGCGAAAGUCUGGGAUCAGCGCUCUGCUGAUCGUGGCCCUGGAGGGGGCGCGCGACACCGCCCAGCUGCAGAUGGUGGAGUUUGGUCGAGGGUUCGGCUACAAUCUUCCUUUGAGCAUCGGCAUGCAGAGUGUCGGCAGCACCAUCCUCAAACAGAUCGACACGGUGUCGGACAGAGAGUGCUGCAAAGUCGCGUGCAAAUGUUCAGGACACGAAGGUUUACGAGGUUCGCGAGGCCAACCGGGACCAAAGGGUGUCCUCGGACAGAAGGGUCAUCCUGGUUUCCCUGGAGAGCAAGGCAUUUCUGGCGAGAGGGGCCAACCUGGACCAAGUGGACCUCCCGGCAUCCAGGGUUGUUCCGGACUCCGAGGACAGAAGGGAUAUCGCGGUCUCCGUGGAGACAGGGGUGAAGACGGAGAGGACGGGCUGGACGGGAUCGAUGGAGAACAGGGAGUAACGGGACAAGAUGGAGCUCGAGGAGAACGAGGAAACCCAGGAAACCCAGGUAUCCCAGGUAUCAGAGGGGAGGUGGGGCUGCCAGGACAGCGAGGACUGAGAGGAGAUCCGGGUGAACCAGGCAUUGAAAACACCUCACCUGGAGCCAAAGGAGAAGCCGGAAACCAAGGUUUACCGGGUGCAGCAGGACCGGACGGACGUCUCGGUGAGAGCGGCGUCGUCGGAAACCCGGGUCCGGAUGGAAGAAGAGGCACGGCUGGUGUGAAGGGCUCGCCCGGAGAGCCCGGUGCUCCAGGACUGCAAGGCAUCCCCGGAGCUUCAGGUCCACAGGGUCCCAGAGGGGUCAGAGGUCAACCAGGGCCCAUAGGAAUUCCAGGCCUUCCUGGAGCUCAGGGUGCACCAGGACAGCCUGGAAACCUGGGACUAACCGGACAGCGAGGUGCUACCGGACAGAAGGGCCAACCAGGUGACCCCGGCAUUAAUGGUGCUCCAGGACCAGCAGGGCCCAGAGGAAUGCCGGGCCAGGACGGCCGAGACGGUUACGGACCUCAAGGACUUAAAGGAGCGAAGGGAGAUCCUGGUUUUCCUGGUUAUCCUGGUCUGAUGGGUGAGAGCGGGCUGCAGGGACCUAAAGGACUACCCGGUCGCAAAGGGAACCGAGGCCGAGGGGGGAUCUCAGGCCUGCCGGGAGAAUCAGGAAUUCCUGGAAAUCCAGGAUAUCCAGGACACAGAGGUUCCCGAGGGUCUCCUGGAGGAAAAGGCAUGACUGACUGUCAGCUGAUCACCUACAUCAGAGACAACUGUGCUUGUUCCUUUGGCCGCUCAGAGUGCCCGGCCUUCCCCACCGAGCUGGUCUUCGCUCUGGACAUGUCUGAUGACAUGACGCCGGUUAUCUUUGAGAGACAGCGCGCUGCCCUCCUGUCCCUGCUGGAGGACAUCAGCAUCGUCGAGAGCAACUGUCCGACGGGCGCUCGCGUGGCCGUGGUGGGUUUCAACACCUACACCAAGUACCUGAUCCGCUUCCAGGACUACCGCCGCAAGUCGCAGCUGAUAGAAGCCGUGAAGAACAUUGCCCUGGAGAGGACGUCCAACAAGCGGCAGCUGGACGCCACCAUGCGCUUCGUGGGCCAGAACGUCUUCAAACGUGUGCGAGCGGGAACGUUGAUGAGAAAAGUGGCGGUGUUCUUCACAAAUGGGCCUCCAGAGAAGGUGGAUGACAUCGUAACGUUCGUCAUGGAGUACCGAGCUCUCAACAUCGUCCCCGCGAUCAUCUCACUGAAGAACGCUCCCAUCAUCAGCAGAGCCAUGGAGGUGGACGAUUCGGGUAACUCCAUCUUCACGGUGCUGGGGAGGCCGCAGACCAUGGCUGCUGACCUGAGGAAGAUCAGGAAAUGUGCCAUCUGUUACGACCCCUGCAGACCCUCAGAGGAGUGCUCCUUCAUCCAGGACCAGCAGCAGCCUCAGCAGGUGGAGGUGGACCUGGCCAUGGUGCUGGACGGAUCCAGGGAGAUGCAGGCGGACGAAUAUGCUGGAGCUCAACAGCUGCUGAGUUCUGUAGUGGAGCACCUUGCCUUGAGUCCUCAGCCACAACGGGCCUCAAACCGGGCCCGGGUGGCCCUGGUUCAGCAGGGCGCCGUCCAGGCCCCCAAGCUGGAGUUCGGCCUGCAGACCUAUCAGAACCAGAAGCUGAUGAGGAGGCACCUGGUCCAGAACAUGCAGCAGCAGGGCGGCUCGUCUGUGCUGGGACAGACGCUGGACUACACCCUGAAGGAGGUUCUGCUAAAGGCCGGCCAGCCGGGCCGGAGGAAGGUUCUGCUGGCAGUGGUGGCCACCCAGACGGCCUCCAGACGGGACCAGGCCAGGCUAAGCUACGUCUCCCAGAAGGCCAAGUGUGACGGGGUGGCGCUAUUUGUGGUGACGGUGGGCGACCGCUACAACCGGACUCAGGUGGAGGAGCUGGCAGGUCUGCCGGUCCAGCAGCACCUGAUCCACGUCAGCAGGCUGGUGGCCGACGAGCAGGGCUACGUCCAACGCUUCUUCAGGGUCUUCCUCUCUGCCCUCAGCAAGGGAAUGAACACUUAUCCUCCUGUUUCCUUAAGACGGACCUGUGACCAGCUGAGUGGACAGGAAGGACAAAUCUUCCACACACAGCAGGGCGUUGCUGAUCUGGAAGAAGUCUACAGAGAGGAGAGGUAUCAGGAGCAGACGGGAGGACAGACUCAGACCGGCCGGCUGGACAUGGUGGAGUCAGUGAUCCGAGGAGACCACCAGGGAUUCGUGUCAGGAGUUAACACCAACGCCCGCUGUCAGCUGGAUGCUGAUGCUGGUGUCCCGUGUGCCGACUAUGUCCAAGCCUGGUUCUUUGACACAUACAUGGGUGCAUGCGCUGCGUUCUGGUACGGCGGCUGCGGUGGAAAUGCUAACCGCUUUAACACGGAACAUGAAUGUUUCCAGACAUGUGGCGUCCCUCAUCCCAGCGUGGUGCUGCAGACGGAGCUGACCAGCUUUCCUUCUAAAGACGCCUGUCUCCAGCGCCAGGACCCGGGCAGCUGCCAGAACUACACCAUGAUGUGGUUCUUUGACACCGAGCAGAGCGAGUGCAGCCGCUUCUGGUACGGCGGCUGCGGUGGCAACCAGAACCGCUUCAAGACGCAGGAUGAGUGCGAGAACCUGUGUCUGACCACGAGCCGAUGAGGUGUUCCCGCCUGAACCCCAGACACAUCCUAGAAAACAUCACCUUCAAGGCCUCCUCCUGGUCCCACCCUGGUGUCUGUUUUCAUCUUCAACAUGCAUGUUUGCUUUCUACGGAGCCUCUGAAGGGUCACAGCGAGGAAUAUAUAUUUUUUCACCUUUAACUUUUGUCACUAAUGUUUUCCGUGUGAAGAGCUACGAGUUCGGUCUGCAGACGCUGAAGAGGGGACUCAUCUACAGCUGCGUCUCCAUGGUUACGUCAUCAUUAAAGGGAGUUGUAGCUUCUGGAAGCAGGGAUGUGUGGAGCCUUUCUGAGCAGCAGAAAGUCAGUUUGGAAAACGGAGAAGGAAUUUUGACGGGAAGCUAAGCUAACAGCUAAAUAAUUAAAAAUAACUCCAGUUUCACAGCAGUUUGAGUGAAAUCUAAAACGAUGAGAUUGUAGGAAUGAGUGCUAACGAACAGGACGACGUGUCUUCCACCGCGGAGCAGCAGCUGGGGUGUUUACAUCCGAACCUACUGAGGUCGAUUUGGACAGAACACAGACGUUAGUUUGUAAAAAUAAUCAGAUGAUCAGCUUCAGGAUGAGCAGCUGUUAGCUUAACGUCAGAUUCCUCCGACCCUCCGACGCAUGAGCUGGCUGAGCAUGGCUGCUCAGAAGUUCCUCACACGUCUCCACGUUAGAAAUACAAUAGAUUCCAUUAGAAAAAACAUGUUUUUGGUUGUGUCAUCACUAUAACCACCUUCCUACAAGUAAAUGAUAUGAGUCAUUUAUCAUCUGAACUUUGGUCUAAUCUGUUUUUUUUAAAUACCAGAUAUUUUCGGUGGCUUUUCUUGUUAUUAAGCAACUUUUCUAUGCAGAAAAAAAUUCUUCCAGGAGUCCAGCUCACAUAAUGACCUUCUGAGCGGUCCAUCAGGAACUUUCCUCAGGAACUCUGUUAGUUCCCACUGCAGAAACACCACCAGAUCUCCAGGGAAACCAUUUUACCUCUCCGUACAUUAACCUGCAAGCUGAUGAGUAGAAUCAGUUUUCAUCCGCCAGCAGGCUGAUGGGACAGACCGUCUCCAUGGAAACCGUCGAUGGGAACCUUGUAGUUCCUUGUUUAAAGUUCCGGGAACUGUGGAUGAAAACACAGCUGUGGUUUGAAACCCAACACCGAAACAUAUUUCAGCUCAGCCGGGCUUCGUGGGGUCAGAAGAAGGCCCCCCACCCCCCAUCAGAGACUUGUUUCAGGUUUUCUGUCUGUCCUCAGGUCAGGUGCUAUUUUCUGAAGCGUGUGGAGGCUGAUGUGAUCGUUUCUGUGGAAACAUGAAUGUUUGAAGGGUUCUCAGCAGAAAUAAAAAGUUUCUAUAAACCA